UUGGCCUUACUACUCAUUUCACUAUCGAUCAUUUUAAUACUGUGUUGUUGUUUUACUGAAUUGGUCAAGUCCUGUAAAUGCAAAACCUUGAUUGAUGAAAUCUCAAUAUUCUUUUCAUUUGUCAUGGAUGAUGAAGACGGGAGGUGCCUUCUCGAUGUGAUUUGUGACCCAGAAGCUCUCAAUGACUUUCUUCAUGGAUCUGAGACCCAUUUGGACACUGACGACCUUUUGGAUGGUUCGGGUGAUCCCACCAGCUCGUUCUUCUCUACCACCGGGGGCCAUGUUCCAGAGGUCCAGCCUACAGUCCAGCUCUCGGCCAAUGAGGCGGCAGGCCUGCCCAGAGUCAGUGUUGACCUGGACUUCCUGGAGGAUGACGACAUCCUGGGUGGAUCCCCCGACGGGGAAGGCGGGAACAACGGCAUCGGGACGAACCACGAGCCCUGUGACAUCCUGCAGCAGAGCUUGGCCGAGGCUAACAUCACCGAACAGAGUUUACAAGAAGCCAAUGAAGAGCUGGACCUGGAAUCCUUUGGGAUCCCCGGCCUACCGCAGGUGGUUCAGACGCUGCCUGACACCAGCCUCUCGGCAGCUGGGGGCGCAGCCGUUGGUGUAGGCAUCAACGUCGGGGGGGCGGCGGCGAUCUUUCCUGGGUCAGCCCGAACUGCCAACGCUACCCCUCCGAACGCUACUGCUGAAAUGCUGGGCUCCGUGCUAGCUCAGCAAGGCCUUCAGCUCCAACCACAGGUCAUGAAUAAGGCCAUCAGCGUUCAGCCUUUUAUGCAGCCCGUGGGCCUCGGGAAUGUGACGCUUCAACCGAUUUCAAGUCUUCAAACUCUCCCUAAUGGGAGCCAGUCUGGACAUUUAGGGAUUGGACAGAUUCAGGUUGUGGGUCAACCCACAGUCAUGACUAUCAAUCAGUCUGGGCAGCCCAUCCUGACAAAAGCCAUGGGUGGCUACCAGCUGCAUCAGUCUGGGACAGAGGUUUCAGGGGCAACUACUCAAACAGGGGUUGGGGCAUCAGGAGGUGGACUUCUCAUCCAAAGCAACAAAACCACUUUGGGAUCCCCAGCUUUAAACGGACCGGCCACGGUUGUUAGCAGUACAAGCAGCACCAGUGGCGGCACCAUGACUGCUCCUGCUGGACUUUUGGGCUUUGGAAGCACACCUCUGAGUUCGGGAAUGGCAUCCCAGUCUCAAACUCAAGGCCAAAUCAUGCACAAUGUGAUUAUCCAGCGUACACCAACACCCAUACAGCCUAAACCUCCUCAGGGGGGAGCCCUCCAAACAAAACUCUUCAAGCCGCAGCAACAACAACAACAGCAGCCGGCGCCCCAAAAUCUGCAGAACGAUGCCACCAAGGCUCUUGGGCUUCAACAAAUUCCUGUUUCUGCAGCUCAGAAUGUAACUUUCCUUACUGGAAAACCCGGCUCGAACGUUGUACUCAGCACUCAAGCCACGACGCAAGGCUCGCAGUUCCAGCAAACGCUUUUCAAGCAACAAGCAGCGCAAGCGCCAGGCAAGCCUCUCAGUCUGCAUUUGUUAAACCAAUCGGGCAGUAUUGUUAUUCCCUCUCAGACAGUUCUGCAAGGUCAGAACCACCAGUUCCUCCUUCCACAGUUGCAAGCAGGCGGGCAGAUCUUGACCCAACAUCCCGGGAGUCACAUCAUAACCAGCCAGGGCCAUGGUGGGCAGCUCAUUGCCAACCAGAUUUUAACGGCAAACCAGAACAUCAACUUGGGUCAAGUGUUGGCUUCCCAGGGACAUCCUGGUGCUGCCCACAUCCUAUCCGGACCCAUUCAGCUCCAGCCUGGCCAGAUGGGCACGCCCACCCUGUUUCAGAUGCCGGUCUCGUUGGCUCAGACGCAGAGCCAGGCGCAGACCCACACCGUCUCAGGACAUGGCCCAACGGUCAUCCAGGGAAUGCCGAUCCAGAACUCCCUGACCAUGCUUGGUCAAGUGGAGGCCUUAAGCCCUGCGGUCAGCCUUCAGACAGCCCUGCAAGCCCAGACAGUGGGAGUCCCCAGCAGCAGCAGCAGCAGCAGCAGCAGCAGCAGCAGCAGCAGCGGUAGUGGUAGUGGUAGUGGUAGUAGCAGCAGUAGCAGCAGCAGCAGCAGCAGCAGCAGCAGCAUCAUCGGCGCAGCCACAAUGGCCCAAAGGCAACCAGGAGAAUGUGUCACUGUGUUGGGGACCUGCACUGACCAGGCCGCCCAGCAGGCCUCCAUUCUUGCCAUGCAGCAAGCUCCCUCUGCGGUCACCACCGUAUCGUCCUCCGCUCCGUCCAUGUCCACAUCUUCGCCAGUGACCGCGGUCGGACUGGUCCCUCACCAGGCUCAUCACAGCCCAGGGAGGCUUUUGUUCACCAACCAGGGCUCGAGCAUGAUCCUGAGCCAGGAGUCUCUGCAGAUGUUCCUGCAGCAGCCGGAGGACAGAGAAGGCAAUUCAACCCCCCCAGUUGGGGUCCCGGCGUCCGUAAUCGUCAGCAGCGCCUGCGUCACAGCUCCGGCCCUCACUGUCCAUGACAGCCAAUUAAGUGACUUGUUGGUGGGGCAAGUGGUAAAGCAGGUACCCCCCAGUGGACACCAGCAGCCUUUGAAGAUUCAGGGUAUGACUCCCUCGCCGGCCUUGACCAGUACCACAGCAGCGCCCCCUGUGGCCGACAGCCCCCAGCCCUCGCAGUCGCCACUGACUCUGAGCCAGCACAUCCAGUCGCCGCACCACCAGCAGUCACGUCCUCCCUCGCAGCCCCAGCCACCAUCGCAAACGCCCUCCCGCUCCUGCACGCCCUCAUCUCAUCAACCACCCCUCUUCAUUGUCACUGAGUCCCCCUCGCAGACCCAAGUGGCCCAGCCGCAGCCGACUCAGAUCCAAGUACAGCUCUUGCCUCAGCCGCGGCCCGCCUCCCAGCCAUCACCCUACCAACAGCAGGAACAGCCUCCUAUGUCACAGUCGCCCAAACCCCUGACUGCGCACCCGUUCGCCACCCUUCCCACUGCUUCACCGGCCCCCGCCAUGUUAAAAGCCCAGGUUCCCGUCCACAGCCUGACAGCGGAUCAGCAGCAGCACCUGGCAUUGUUGGGUUCGCAAAUCCAGACGCUGUCAGCCAUCAGUCAGCCCUCGUUGCAGCAGAAGCAGCUGCUGGAAAAGCUCCACCAGAUCCAGCAAAGCAUUCUGCUACAGGUCAAGCAGCCUGCUCAGGCUCAGGCUCAGGCCCAGGCCCAGGCUCAGGCUCAGGCUCAGGCUCAGGCUCAGGCUCAGGCUCAGGCUCAGGCUCAGGCUCAGGCUCAGGCUCAGGCCCAGGCCCAGGCCCAGGCUCAGGCUCAGGCUCAGGCUCAGGCUCAGGCUCAGGCUCAGGCUCAGGCCCAGGCCCAGGCUCAGGCUCAGGCCCAGGCCCAGGCCCAGGCCCAGCCUCCUGCCAGCAGCCAAUUUAGCACGCAGCAAGACGUCCCUGUCGACAAAGCGGUGAUCACCUCAUCGGCCAGCGCCGUAACACCCGCUCAGCUGGCCUCGCCGUUGCAGCCCACCGUGCUCAUUACAAGUCCUGCUAUAGCCUCAAGUGACUUACAGGUAGUCUCAGGAGUCCAGGGAACAGCUGGAGCCAAAGUGAAUCAGACUGUCGCUCCUGUGAGCCUUACUCAGCCUGCACAGAUACAGCCAAAGCCUGGAGUAAUCAGCUCAGUUGGAGGAAUGACUCUAGGUAAAGGUGGCAUGCAGAUCCACGUGUUAGGCACCAAUGUCACCAAAAUGCCUGCUCCACAGCCCCCCACUCCUCUACAACCUCAGACAACAGUGAAGGUGCCUUUCAUUGCGGAGCCCAGCAAAGAAGCCAGGUUCCUGGAGCAGCUGAGGAAACAUCAAGGCUUAGUGCUUCACCCAAACUACAGUGCUCCUUUCUACUCCUUUGAGGACACGCUGCUCCGACUCCUGCCUUAUCAUCUCUACCAGGGAACUGCCAACUCGUCUCAAGAUUAUCAAAAAGUGGAUGUUGAAUUUGAGAGUGUCUCCUCCCUGCUGCUGAAGAGAACGCAAGCCAUGCUUGAUAAAUAUCGCUACCUGCUCUUUUCUGAGUCAAAGCAAAGACUUGGACCCUCGGCGGAGAUGGUGAUGAUCGACCGCAUGUUCAUCCAAGAGGAAAAGUUUGCGUUAAGCCAGGACAGGAUUUUGGCUAAGGAGAGACCAGAGGAGUUUGUGGCCAACGCUCGCCUGUUGGAGAGUUUAUCUUCUUCCCAACAAAAGUCGCCCCCGGUGCAGCCCGCCUCCAACAUAGCUUCAGCUGCCGCUGUGGCCCCCCCACCGCUGCCAGAACCCGCACCGCCCACUCCGGCCGUUCCUUCGCACGUCCCUCCGAAACCCCCUCCUGUCCCCAGCCUGUCUCCAGUGCCAGCUCCUGCUCCUGUCACCGUCCCUCCUCUAGCCCCUCCUCCCGCCUCCUUCCCCCCGACAAAACUGGUCAUAAAGCAGGGCGGUAGCGGGGCCUCGGUGUCAUGGUCCAGUAGCUGCCCCCCUCCUCCCAGGGCAGCCGAACUGGCCAGCCAGAGCCCUUCCUUGACGCGCACAACUGCAGCAUCAUCAAUCUUCUCCUCCACCUCUUCUAAAAUGGAUGACGACGACGACGCGCUCCCACAGAGGACCAGCAAGCCCCCCAUCAAAACCUACGAGGCUCGGAGGAGGAUCGGCUUGAAGCUGAAGAUCAAGCAGGACCAAACGGGCUUCGGUAAGGUGGUCCACAACACAGCCCUGGACCCCGUGCACACCUCUCAGCCCAACACACCCAAAUCCCAACCCUCGUCCACUCCUGUGCCCGCCGGGGUCAUCAGAACCCAGUCACCUGUGUCGGUCACUACGGCGACCACUCAAUCCAACCUGGCAACCUCUUCCUCUCAGAGCUCGUCCUCCACGCAAAUGAACGGCACCCUGGACCACCACAAUUUGGCCUCCGCCACCCCCGCCCCCUCGCAUACCACCUGCCGCCUCCCCCUCAGAAAGACUUAUCGGGAGAAUGUCAGUCCCCGUGUCCGGCCAGGCGUACCAGGUGGCGGCGGGGCCGACGACUCGGCGCCCUACCUGACCCCUGCGCACGAGAGGACGGUCAUAGCCAGCGUGAAGGUGGAGAAAAGAGGUCGGGACCCCAGCUCAGGCUUGCACCAUGUGGAUGACGUGUUCAACCACGCCAUCAAGGGGGUCAAGGGAACCGGAGAGGAUUGCUCGGAGCAGGACGCCGACUUCCCCAAAUACAAGCGGACGAGCGGGAAAAACAAACAGAGGCAAGCGGGGACUUUUAGGAUGGACCAGCACGCGCCGGGGCCGCCUUCGCCGGAGUUUCCUUUGCUCCCUGCCAAGCGCUGCAAGUCGGACUCUCCCGACAUGGACAACGCCAGUUUCUCCAGCGGCAGCCCCCCCGACGCCUCCCUCAACGAACAUUUGCAAUGUGCCAUCGACAGCAUCCUCAACCUGCAGCAGGAGCCCACGUUACGCGGGCACCACCACAAGGGCGGUAACGGCCGGACACACCUGCGCUCGGUCCCCCCGCACAAACCCUCGGGGCUCCCGUCGUCUUCCUCCGCCUCAUCCACGUCGUCCUCCCUGGCCCAGCACCCUCAGGUCAGUGGCUGCGGCCACAACGGCAGCCUGGUGCGGCAGACUCAGACCAGAUAACAGCCCCACCGCCCCCCGGUCCCACAUGAACUGACAAGGGGAGGGGGGCGCCCGGCAGAAUAGGGAGGGAAGGUUGAUGACUCUGCCAGGUUUGUCUGCGGAAUUUUCCAGUCAUAUGUUUUUGUUGUCUUGUUCUGUCCGGGCUUUUCCUUCUUUUGUCACGUGAUCAUGCCACACUUUCAAUUUUGUCUCCCCACAGUGUUUCUAAAUCAUAGUUACCCAACCUUUAGUGAGCCAAGGCACAUAUUUUACAUUUGAAAAAUCUCACGGCACAAAACCAAGUAGAAAAUCAGUUAAAAUUUCAGGAUGAACCUAAAAUGCACUAUAAACUUUUCAAGUGAACCCCACCUCUAAACUUUUGAAUGCCAAACAGUACUUUUUGCAGAACUUGCUGUUCUCUCACAAGGAUCUGAAUAGUAACAUUCAUGUUUGAUCUAUGAAAAUUCCCAAGAAUGUCCACUUCUAUGCCUUUCUGACUCUUCCGGUCUUUUCCAAUAAAUGUCAUGGUUCAUUUAGCAUUGGUAUUUAAGUCCUUUUCAUCAUGCUGUUUACAUUUUGACAUCAUGAAGACUAACAUUUGAUCAACAGUACCUCGCCGUUAAACAGGAUGAUCUCAAAAGAAAGUGACCACUGAGCUUAGUGUCAUCAGCAGGUUGCAGCAGAGAUACAGAGACUCGAAGACCCAAAGAAUGGCAUACAUGUUGGAAAUUUCUUGGACUCAAACGCCUGUUGUGAAUUAUUCUGUUCGGCUCCUUGUUACAGAACAUCAAGUUAUGCAACAGCAAAUAAUUGUACAUUCAAAGGUUUACGCAAAGUCAAAUUAAUUUACCUGUAAAGGUUCUUUUAGGGGAAAAAGCAUUUUAGGUUCAUCCUAAAAUUUUACUCGAAGGCCCAAUAUCCCUAACGUUUUGUGAGUCUUGUAUUUUACAUUAGAAAAAAUCUCAUAGCACUAGAUCCGUCAAUAGGCCGCCUUUGCUUUAGACAGAGAACCCAGUCUAAAAUACUUAUCAUCAACAUUGCUUUCAAUACAACAGGUGAGAGAAGUGACUCGCGAGUGUGGAGAUUCACACCCCUGUCCUGCCAUUCCGGCAUUCAUUUACACAUUAAUUGUCUUGUCUUGCAGCCCUGCUUCUACCUCUGAAGGCGGACUUUUGACAGGUCUACAGAGAAGCUACCUGGAAAAAUAUGGGUUACAAAUCCCUGCUUUUAAAAGGGUCUUCUUAUUUUUGAUGCUCGAGUAGAGUGAUUCCUAACUUUAAAUGUGACCAAAAGGCCAAAAAAUGUAUGACCAAAGCCAGUUCACAUAUUUCAAAAAAUCUCAUGGCUCAGCACCAAACAAAAAUGCCACCAAAAGUAAAUAGACUGAAGUAAUGAUGUUCACGUCUCGAUUUACUCUACUUACUCAUGUGAAAGCUUAGUGUGUUUAGUUGAACACAAAUCUACCUUCUGCCAUCUAGUGGAAGAACAUUUAAUUGUUUUGCCUGUCGCUAUAAGGUCGUUGACUUACAUGAACAAAGAUUCAUUUGUAGUAUUUAAAUGAGCAUUUUUGGACCAAUAAAGUGAAAUUACAUAAUUUCCCCCGGCAUAUCUGAUGAUCUCUUGGCAUAGUGGUUGGGAAUCACCGUUUUAAACAACGGCCAGUUCAAAAUAGUGUCGUACGAACGCAUUCAAUUUGCUUAUGCGCACGUAUCACAAGCACUAUGACAAGGUUCUAAAAAUAAAUAACCUUUUUCAAGGCCCACAAAGCAGAAUUGGAUUUAUAGUUAUCAAAGUCAAAACAUACAGAUUCUCACUUUUUAUUUGUAUUUAAAUAUAUAUAUAUAUAUAUAUUAAAGCAAGUUAGUUAGACCUUGUUUGACCUCCAACCUCAGAGGCCUCGAUACAUUUCAGUCAGCAGGGGGCAGGCCAGGCUCAUCCCUAAACUCUCACCUCUCCCCCUUCCUCCCAAAUGUGAUACUUUUGUUUUUGUUUGUUUUUUAAUCCAAGCCCAGUGGACUAGUCCAACUCAAGUGCAGCACAAGCGUACACAAACGGUGGGGUGGCAUAGAGUGAAAAAAGAAAAAGGAACAAUAAUAAUGUACAAAAAAAGACAGCAAGAGAAUUUGAAGUAUCUUAUUACAGAUUAAUUUUGUAUUGUAUUUAUUGUGUAUAAGGAUACUUUUUAAAAAGAAAUGUACAUUUAGUAAAACUGUAAAUUAAACCUUGCUUUUAUGAAUCA